AUGGCAGCUCCGGUACCCGCUCCGGUGCCCCCUCCGGUGCCAGCUCCGGUACCAGCUCUAACGCCCACUCCUGUGCCCGCUCUUAUGCCCACCCCUGUUCCCGCUCGUGUUCCUGCUCGUGUUCCCGCUCUUGUGUCCACUCUGGUGACCGCUCGAGUGACUACUCCGACGUUCGCCUCGAUGCCAACUCCUGUCCCAGCUCCAAUGCCGGCUCCAAUGCCCCUUCCGGUGCCCGCUCCACUAUAUGCCAGCUCCGGCGCCAGCUCCAUUGCCAGCUCCACUCCCUUCACUGUUCCUCCACCGCACUGGCACCUCCUCUCCCCCUCUUACUGGUCUUCCCUCUCCCAAUUCGCACCCCCAGCCAACUACUGUUCGUCUCACUGGCCUAUUCUGCUCACAUUUGACUACUAA